AUGGGAGACUUCCAGACCAUUGCUCAACAAUUCGUUGAUUUCUACUACAAGACUUUCGAUACCGACCGCGCACAAUUAGCCGCUCUUUACAAAGAUUCCUCCAUGCUCACCUUUGAGAAGGAACCAUUCCAAGGCACCCCCGUGAUCCUGGAGAAGCUCACCAACUUGCCAUUCCAGAAAGUCCAGCAUCGCGUGGACACGGUCGACGCCCAGCCUGCCAAUGAACAAGGGGCCAUCUUGGUCUUGGUCACUGGAGCAUUGAUGGUCGAUGACCAGCCACAGCCAAUGAGUUAUGUGCAGACCUUCCAGCUCGUACAAGCAGAAGGCAGCUUUUUCGUCCAGAACGAUGUCUUCAGAUUGGUCUACCCAGCUCAGUGA